AUGGCUAAGCACUACGCUUGCAUCCUUCAUCUACAGAGAAACAUUGUUAGUAUGUUUAAGAAGAAACACCUUGCCUCUUUAGUCUCAAAAGCCGCGCGGGCAUACCGUGUCUCAGACUUCUACAAGCAUUUUAACGAGAUCAAGAUGAUUGACAUAAACUGCGCUGAUUAUUUAAUCAGGGUCGGUUUUGAGCAUUGGGCUAGGUCGCACUCUGCAGGCAAGCGUUACAAUCUAAUGACAAGCAACGUGGCAGAGUCGCUCAAUGCAGCACUUGCUGAGGCUAGGGAGUAUCCGAUUGUGGCUCUAGUUGAGUACAUUAGGGGGAUGCUUAUGCGUUGGUUCUCUGUGCGCCGUGAGUCAUCGGCGAACUGUGGUGGUGUAGUGGCUCCGAAGGUGGAGGAGCUCAUAUCCCGUAACUUCAAUGUGUCAACCGGGUUUUUGGUUCGUCACACAAGCAAGGCUGAGUUCGAGGUGCGUGGUAAGGAGGGAGUUCCUUUCGUUGUCGACCUUGAAGCAAAAACGUGUAGCUGUCUGGAGUUUGAUAUGAUCCGUAUCCCUUGUGGCCAUGCUGUCGCUGCUGCAAUACACUCGAACCGUAGGGUUGAUGAGCUUGUGGGCGAAGAGCUAUCAAGAAACAAUUGGGCAGCAGCUUACUCUCUGAGCAUUAACCCGGCUGGGGAUGAGGUGGUGCCAACGCCUGAAGAUGAUACGCUUGCAUCACUUCUACUUGCGCCUCCCAACACAAGGCGUCCUCCAGGCAGGCCAAAGAAGAUAAGAAUAUUAUCAAGGGGUGAAUUCAAGCGUGGAGUGCUUGGUCGCAAGGUGAGGACUUGUAAGAGGUGUGGUGGCAAAGAUCACAACCGUGCGACUUGCAAGAACCCUAUAUGA